CAGUAAUAACCCCGGCGCGGCGGCGGAGUCGCUGUGGGGAAUCCUCCCGCGCUCUGCCUGGGUCGGGUGCUCCCUGCCCGCUCGCACGCUGCCGGCCGGGGACCCUCCGGUGGCCCCUAGCCCCUCGGAGCGCUCCUGGAUGAAGCCCCGCGCGCGCGGAUGGCGGGGCUGCGCGGCGCUGUGGCUGCUGCUGGCGCAGGUGGCCGAACAGGCACCUGCGUGCGCCAUGGGACCCGCAGCGGCAGCGCCUGGGAGCCCCAGCGUCCCGCGUCCUCCUCCACCCGCGGAGCGGCCAGGCUGGAUGGAAAAGGGUGAAUAUGACCUGGUCUCUGCCUAUGAGGUUGACCACAGGGGCGAUUACGUGUCCCACGAAAUCAUGCACCAUCAACGGCGGCGAAGAGCAGUGACCAUGUCAGGGGUUGAGUCUCUUCACCUUCGGCUGAAAGGCUCCAGGCAUGACUUCCACAUGGAUUUGAGGACUUCCAGCAGCCUGGUGGCUCCCGGCUUUAUUGUGCAGACGUUGGGAAAGACAGGCACUAAGUCUGUGCAGACUUUACCGCCGGAGGACUUCUGUUUCUAUCAAGGCUCUUUGCGAUCCCACAGAAACUCGUCAGUGGCCCUUUCAACCUGCCAAGGCUUGUCAGGCAUGAUACGAACAGAAGAGGCAGAUUACUUCCUAAAGCCACUUCCUUCACACCUCUUGUGGAAACUCGGCAGCGCUGCCCAGGGCAGCUCCCCAUCCCACAUACUAUAUAAGAGAUCCACAGAGCCCCAUGCUCCUGGGGCCAGUGAGGUCCUGGUGACCUCCAGGACGUGGGAACUGGCGCAUCAACCCCUGCACAGCAGUGACCUUCACCUGGGACUGCCACAAAAACAGCAUUUCUGUGGAAGACGCAAGAAAUACAUGCCCCAGCCUCCCAAGGAGGACCUCUUCAUCUUGCCAGAUGAGUAUAAGUCUUGCUUACGGCCUAAGCGCUCUCUUCUGAGGUCCCAUAGAAAUGAAGAACUGAACGUGGAGACCUUGGUGGUGGUCGACAAAAAGAUGAUGCAAAACCACGGCCAUGAAAAUAUCACGACCUACGUGCUCACGAUACUCAACAUGGUAUCUGCUUUAUUCAAAGAUGGAACAAUAGGAGGAAACAUCAACAUUGCAAUUGUAGGUCUGAUUCUUCUAGAGGAUGAACAGCCAGGGCUGGUGAUAAGUCAUCACGCAGACCACACCUUAAGUAGCUUCUGCCAGUGGCAGUCUGGAUUGAUGGGGAAAGAUGGGACUCGUCAUGACCACGCCAUCUUACUGACUGGCCUGGAUAUAUGUUCCUGGAAGAAUGAACCCUGUGACACUUUGGGAUUUGCACCCAUAAGUGGAAUGUGUAGUAAAUAUCGCAGCUGCACGAUUAAUGAAGAUACAGGUCUUGGACUGGCCUUCACCAUUGCCCAUGAGUCUGGACACAAAGUCCUGAGCUCUGAAGCAGUGGAACGUGGGACUGGGGUCCUAGAAAUGAGCCAGAAAUCUUCCAAUCAAGUUGUAUGUCCUUUGGUUACUCUGUGGGCAGUUACUAGUAGCUCAUCUCCUCUUUGUUUCAGCACUGCUCAAGCUAUCUGCCUUGCUGAUCAACCAAAGCCUGUGAAGGAAUAUAAGUAUCCUGAGAAAUUGCCAGGAGAAUUAUAUGAUGCAAACACACAGUGCAAGUGGCAGUUCGGAGAGAAAGCCAAGCUCUGCAUGCUGGACUUUAAAAAGGACAUCUGUAAAGCCCUGUGGUGCCAUCGUAUUGGAAGGAAAUGUGAGACUAAAUUUAUGCCAGCAGCAGAAGGCACUAUUUGUGGGCAUGACAUGUGGUGCCGGGGAGGACAGUGUGUGAAAUAUGGUGAUGAAGGCCCCAAGCCCACCCAUGGCCACUGGUCAGACUGGUCUUCUUGGUCCCCAUGCUCCAGGACCUGCGGAGGGGGAGUGUCUCAUCGGAGUCGCCUCUGCACCAACCCCAAGCCGUCGCAUGGAGGGAAGUUUUGCGAGGGCUCCACUCGCACUCUGAAGCUCUGCAACAGUCAGAAAUGUCCCCGGGACAGUGUUGACUUCCGCGCCGCUCAGUGUGCCGAGCACAACAGCAGACGAUUCAGAGGGCGGCACUACAAGUGGAAGCCUUACACUCAGGUGGAAGAUCAGGACUUAUGCAAACUCUACUGUAUCGCAGAAGGAUUUGAUUUCUUCUUUUCUUUGUCAAAUAAAGUCAAAGAUGGGACUCCAUGCUCGGAGGAUAGCCGUAAUGUUUGUAUAGAUGGGAUAUGUGAGAGAGUUGGAUGUGACAAUGUCCUUGGAUCUGAUGCUGUUGAAGAUGUCUGUGGGGUGUGUAACGGGAAUAACUCAGCCUGCACGAUUCACAGGGGUCUCUACUCCAAGCACCACCACACCAACCAGUAUUAUCACAUGGUCACCAUUCCUUCUGGAGCCCGGAGUAUCCGCAUCUAUGAAAUGAAUGUCUCUACCUCCUACAUUUCUGUGUGCAAUGCCCUCAGAAGGUACUACUUGAAUGGGCACUGGACCGUGGAUUGGCCCGGCCGGUACAAAUUUUCAGGCACUACUUUCGACUACAGACGGUCCUAUAAUGAGCCCGAGAACUUAAUCGCUGCUGGACCAACCAAUGAAACACUGAUUGUGGAGCUGCUGUUUCAGGGAAGGAACCCGGGUGUUGCCUGGGAAUACUCCAUGCCUCGCUUGGGGGCCGAGAAGCAACCCCCUGCCCAGCCCAGCUACACUUGGGCCAUCGUGCGCUCUGAGUGCUCCGUGUCCUGCGGAGGGGGACAGAUGACUGUGAGAGAGGGCUGCUACAGAGACCUGAAGUUUCAAGUAAAUACAUCUUUCUGCAAUCCCAAGACUCGACCUGUCACGGGGCUGGUGCCUUGCAAAGUAUCCGCCUGUCCUCCCAGCUGGUCCGUGGGGAACUGGAGUGCCUGCAGUCGGACGUGCGGCGGGGGUGCCCAGAGCCGCCCCGUGCAGUGCACACGGCGCGUGCACUAUGACUCGGAGCCAGUCCCGGCCAGCCUGUGCCCACAGCCUGCUCCCUCCAGCAGGCAGGCCUGCAACUCUCAGAGCUGCCCACCGGCAUGGAGCACCGGGCCCUGGGCAGAGUGCUCACACACCUGUGGGAAGGGGUGGAGGAAGCGGGCAGUGGCCUGUAAGAGCACCAACCCCUCGGCCAGAGCGCAGCUGCUGCCCGACACUGUCUGCACCUCAGAGCCCAAGCCCAGGAUGCAUGAAGCCUGUCUACUUCAGCGCUGCCACAAGCCCAAGAAGCUGCAGUGGCUGGUGUCCGCCUGGUCCCAGUGCUCUGUGACAUGUGAAAGAGGAACACAGAAAAGAUUCUUAAAAUGUGCUGAAAAGUAUGUUUCCGGAAAGUAUCGAGAGCUGGCCUCGAAGAAGUGCUCGCAUUUGCCGAAGCCCAGCCUGGAGCUGGAACGUGCCUGUGCCCCGAUUCCGUGCCCCAAGCACCCCCCGUUUGCUGCUGCAGGACCCUCGAAGGGCAGCUGGUUUGCCUCACCGUGGUCUCAGUGCACAGCCAGCUGUGGGGGUGGCGUUCAGACGAGGUCCGUGCAGUGCCUGGUGGGGGGCCGGCCGGCCUCAGGCUGCCUCCUGCACCAGAAGCCUUUGGCCUCCCUGGCCUGCAACACUCACUUCUGCCCCAUUGCAGAGAAGAAAGAUGCCUUCUGCAAAGACUACUUCCGCUGGUGCUACCUGGUACCCCCGCACGGGAUGUGCAGCCACAAGUUCUACGGCAAGCAGUGCUGCAAGACCUGCUCCAAGUCCAACCUGUGAGUCAGGACAGCUUUCCAUGGCAGAGAAAGUGGCUGUGUGGCAGGGAAAUUUCCCACAAAUGAGCUGUACAAUCUAUGUCGGAAUACAUCCAAGGAAGAUCAAAGCCAAAAGAAGAAAACCGUGUUAGGCUCUUUGACCAGGAGUGUAUGUAUGCACGUUUCACCUUGAGCCUGCGUGCAGACCUGUGUCCCCACACACACAGCCUCUCCUGUUAGGCUGAAAUGUGGCACCCUGGCAGGCACAGCUGUGGCUCAUGAGGCAGAAGGCAGGCUCCACAAUGGGAGAGGCAGCUCUCACCCCUGCCUGUACUGCAGCUAAAUCAAGUCAAAAAGACAGGCGGGGCUGAACUUGCUUAAUGUCUGGUGCCUUAUAAAAAGAAGGAAAGGCCACAAAAUAAGGAAAACAUACAAAAUAUCUGCCCCCAAGUUCACCAGCCUCCCCUCCCACUGGGGAGGCCCCUCAAGCCAUCAGGAGUGACCAACUUCCUGAGUGGAGGUCAGGGGAGCUCCAGGAGGCUGCCCAGGCUCCUCCUCUUCCUCCUCCCCAGCUGCUGAGCAUCUCUUACUAGGAACCUGGAGCCACCGCCGGAGCCAGCGUCAUCUCUAGGGCCAGGGGACUGCAUUCUGAUUUGGGACUUUGCCUAUGGAAAUGGGAAAAAUGAAAUUCCUGCUAAGGUGCUUCCAUCUCUUUCAGAUUCGUGCCUUGAAGGAGAGAUUUUUAUAUUUUAUGUUUUAUCUUUCUCAGUUAUUUGCAAGCGAGUGUCCUUUUAAAACCCCAUUUCUUCAUGCUUUUCUUUGUAAAUGAAAGAUCGGAAGUAUAGGUUACAUCAAAACCCUACCAUCCUGAGAAGGGUUAUGGUUCUGCUGUAGCAGAGGUCAGCCACACAGCCCAUGUGACAAUAACCUUAGAGUCCUGUGUUUUGUUUUUGUGUGUUGUGAGAUUUUAAUCUGUUUUUUUCUUUUUUCUUUUUUUUUUUUUUUUUUGGUGAGUCUGGCCAUUUCUACAAUGCCAGGUGGGAAGCCAGGCCACAGGUGUUUGGGUGGGAAUCUGCCCGGCGUCUCCGGCACACCCCGCCGCCAUCCUCAGUGCCGCUGCUGUUCUCCUGUCCGGCGCUGUGGCUCCAUUCGGAAGGGGCACCUGGAUAUUUAUAUUUGCUGAAGCUUUAUAAUAAAGUUUAUAUUGUACAGUGUG